ACGAUCCGCCGCUCGCGAGGUUCGCUCUGCCCGGUCCGCCUCACCCUCGGCCGCCCGAAGCUCCGAGAGUCGAGACCCGAGACCCCCGAAGCUCGGAGAGUCGCGACCCGAGACCCCCGAAGCCCCGAGAGUCGUGACCCGAGUCCCCGCCGAAGCCCUGAGAGUCGAGACCCGAGUCCCCCGAAGCCCGGAGAGUCGAGACCCGAGUCCCCGCCGAAGCUCCGAGAGUCGAGACCCGAGACCCCCCGAAGAAGAGGAGCCAUCGCCGCCAUGGAGGCCGCGGGCAGCCGCUUCGCCGAGCGCUACAAGACGGCGGGGCUGAACACCGAGGCGCUGCGGGUGAAGCGCGCCCGCCGCCGCUCCGUCGCCCAGAAGGAGAACCGCCAGGUCGCCUUCCGCAAGAGCCGCCGCUUCGAGCCGCCCAUCCUCGAGGAAGCCGCGGAACCCUGCCCGGCUAAGGAGUCGGCAGCAACUUCUCGCCUGGCGAUGCUGCAACGUUACAAGGAGGAAAAGGCCCUCCGGAAAUUGAAAGAGCAACGCGAGAACCACAAACCUGUCUUUCGGGUUGGGGUUUAUAGGCCAGACAUGAUCCCAUUCCGGGAUUUAAAACCUCUGCCACCAAAAUCCAAAGAGAAGGCUACAUUGCCAUCUACUGAAAUGAGGGUAACAAGAUCAAUGGCAAAAAAUGUGCCUAAGGCAGCAAUGGGGCCUGGACUUGUAGCUCCAAAGGUAGGCCAUGUCAAAUCCAAUAUGGCCAGCAACAAGGAGAAUUGUACAGUGGCCGUGGGAACCAGAAGUCAACAACAAGGAGCAAUUCAAAAGACAGGGACAAAAGUGCCAGCUGCAAGGAAGAAAGAAGCUGUCAAGCCUCAGUCGACUAAAAAAAAACAAGGCGAGAUAGUGGAAAAUUCGAACAGCAAAUCGACUAUCCCUGAACACGAGGCUCUGUUGCCAGAAUCGGGGAGCUUGCCAACUACGAGUGGCAGUGUGAGCCAACAACCGCUGGGUGCUCCUAUGGACCUUGGAGAUAUGGAGAAGAAAGUCUCCUUUGCCCCUGACAACUACGUCUUUGCCCCUAUGGAGGGGCUUGACCAAUUCAAAUUUACUGCCCUCAGCCCACGAAGUGUGUCGAGCUUCUUUACCUCUCAUACCUGGAGUCCUGCCAAACCCCAGUUGCGAAGCAACGCUGAAUCUCCCGCAACAGUGCGUUAUGUAACAAGAUCGCAAAAGAAUAUUUUGAAACCAGAGGUUGAGUCGAAUCUGCCUGAGGCACAAACUGAAGAUCCUGCUAGGCCUGCUUUUGAAGUGCCUGUGGAAAACACACCACAAGAAUCUUUUGGGUGUUCUCAACCUGACGGCAGUGGACCCGUACAUGAUGUGGCUUAUUUCAGAGGAGUCAUCACAUUGGAGACUGAGAAAUUGACUCUGCUUUGUCAGCAGUGGGAUGGAUGGGAAAACUCUGACGUGGUUCCAGAUAGUGUUAAGGACCUGCUUCGUACAACUGUGGGACAGGCACGUCUCCUUAUGGCUGAACGAUUCAAACAAUUCAGAGGUCUUGUCGACAACUGCGAGUUCAAGACUAGUGAAAAGGAAGUCACCUCUGCAGAUCUGGAAGGGUUUUGGGACAUGGUCUACUUCCAGGUUGAAAGUGUCAACAAUAAGUUUCAGAGAUUGAAACAGAUUCAAGAAAAUAACUGGGAGGAGCCCUCAUUGCCCAAAAGAGUGGUCAAGAAAAAAGCUGUCAGGUCAAAACCAGAGGAAGUAAUGAAACCAAGUGCAGCAGCAACGAGCCGCUUUGCAGCUGUGAAGGCAGCUCUGAAGGCCAAAAUGAAGCAGGAAAUUGUUGACUCCAGCAACAAAGAAGCUCAAAGUGAUGCCAUUGUGUUUGACGCAGGUUUCUUCAGAGUGGAGAGUCCUGCAAAAUACUUCACCGUGACUCCUAAAGCAUGUCCACCAAGGCAAAGAUCCAAAGGCCAAUGCAGUGCCACCAGGUUGAGUGUCCGUUCAGCUAUUCCUGCAUCUCCUGUGCCGUUUGUCACAAAGAGUUCAAGCCCGCAGACUUGUGCAAGCUUUAAUAACGUGACAAAGACAGAAUCGCGUGUCAUGACAAACCUCAUUAGUUCCAUGGAUGGAGAGGGCACUGCACAGCAAAGUACUUGUUCUGGAAAGAGCACAAAACGGGUAGAUUUUGAGCAGUAUCUCCAGCCCAGUUUGAGUGCUCUCGACCAGCCAGAAGCAAUGCAGUCUUCAUUCCAUAAUGGUGUCAAGUCUAGUUGCCCCCAAGAAAGCUCGACAGGUGACAUUGAGCUACCAGAGGAAGAAACGCAAUCUUCAGUGCAAGAUGUGGAAAUGACGAGUCCUGUGUGUGAGCAACCUUCGACUAGCGCCCACACGACUUUGCUGGGGGAGUUGCAAUUGACCCGUCAUUCAGGUCUGCUGACUCUCAAUUCCCCUCCCACCACACUUGUUCAAACUACUCCUUGUUCAAAUUCUAUGGGUGAUGUGUUGGCUAAAGCAACAGCUGUCCAUAAAAUGCAGAAGGACGACAAUUACAUGAGCCCAUUUGGAGCAAGUGCAGAGGACCAGCUCGUUCACCCAUUUGGAGCCGCCCUCCAGGAUUUGAUAUCAUUCAGCCCCAGCGGAAUCCCUCAAUGAAGUCGAGAGGGCCAGAGAUGUUGCCAUUCACUACUGGCCGUCAGGAGACCAGAAACAUGUGUGGUGGACUUGAAGGUUAUCUUUUAAAACAUUAUGGACUUGUUGUAAACAGACUGGUGUUGCACUCGUGUUUAGUGGAGGAGAGUACACUGAAGACCAAAGCCAAAUUUAGUAUCGAAUGAAUCAUGCAAGUCUUGUUACUCUUGAGGUCUCAAUCAACCACUGGUCUCAACCUAGUCGGUCAGUGGGGUUUAACUUGCAGGCGUGCGUU